AUGAAACAGUUGUCAGUUUCCCUUUCCUGGGCCACCCAUUUCUCUUUCCCUCUCCUAGUGCCACCCCACUUCUCUUUCCCCUCUCCUAUGCCACCCCACUUCUCUUUCCCCUCUCCUAGUGCUACCCUACUUCUCUUUCCCUCUCCUAGUGCUACCCCACUUCUUUCCCCUCUCCUAGUGCCACCCCAUUCUCCUGGCCACCCCACUUCUCUUUCCCUCUCUAGUGCCACCCCACUUCUCUUUCCCCUCCCUAGUGCCACCCCUUCUCUUUCCCUCUCCUAUGCCACCCCCACUUCUCUUUACCUCUCCCUAGUGCCACCCCACUUCUCUUUCCCUCUCCUAGUCACCCACUUCUCUUUACCUCCUAGUGCCACCCCACUUCUCUUUCCCCUCUCCCUAGUGCCACCCCUUCUCUUUCCCUCUCCCUGGUGCCACCCCUCUCUUUUCCCUCUCCCCUGGUGCCACCCCAUUUCUCUUUGCCUCCUGGUGCCACCCCACUUCUCUUUCCCCUCUCUAGUGCCACCCCACUUCUUUCCCCCUCUAGUGCCCCACUUCUCUUUUCCUCUCCUAGUGCCACCCUUCUCUUUCCCUCUCUUACCACCCCCUUCUCUUUGCCCUAGUGCCACCCCUUCUCUUUCCCCUCUCCUAGUGCCACCCCACCUCUUUCCUCUCUUGCCCAGCCACUUCUCUUUCCUAUGCUACCCCUUCUCUUUCCCUCUCCUAGUGCCCACCUUCUCUUUACCUCUCCUAGUUACCCCUUCUCUUUCCCCUCUAGUGCCACCCCACUUCUCUUUCCCUCUCCUAGUGCUACCCCACUUCUCUUUCCACUCUCCUAGUGCUACCCCACUUCUCAUCCCUCUCCUAGUGCCCCCCACUUCUCUUUCCCCUCUCCUAGUGCUACCCCACUUCUCUUUACCUCUCCUAGUGCCACCCCACUUCUCUUUACCCUCUCCUAGUGCUACCCCUUCUCUUCCCUCCUAG